GACUAAAGUCCACUCUGCUUCUCAUCCCUCUGUUUGGGGUCCAUUACAUCCUGUGUGUCUUCUUCCCGGACAGCAUGGCAGAGGAACUGAGAUUGUUUAUCGAGAUUGGGAUGGGAUCCUUUCAGGGUUUUGCUGUGGCUCUGCUCUACUGCUUCCUGAACGGAGAGGUGCUGACGGAGUUGCAGAAGCACGUAAACUGGUGGCACUCGCUGAGAUAUCUGACCUUCAGCCCGAAACCUGCCAGGAACCCUUCCACAGAGAGCAGCACCAACAACUUUGUCACUCAGAUGUCUCUGCUCGAAAAACUCAGCCCCAAGAGAAAGGCCAACGACAACCAACAUGGCAUCUCCUGCGUGUGAGAGGCUCGCGCUCAAGCCCUGAGCUUCGUGCGCGGAAA